GUUUGAGUAUUGCGGUGUUGCCACCUGUUACAAAAACUGCACUCCAAUUGGCAGUUCAGGCGCACAUGUGAAAGGGCCGAUUGUAGUAGCCAGUAUUAUUCGCCACUUAAAUACGCUUACAACCUAUUUAAAAAUAGUUAAUAUUAAAAUAAAUGGCAGACACAAAGCAAGCGAUUGUCCAGGGCGUUGAUGCGCUAACAUUGAAUGGGAAGGUGGACUCCGACUCCGUAGAAACGGCUGCAGACGCUCAAGCGCAAGAAGCAACAACAACGGAUGAUGUCGUGGAUCCGUGGAACGUCACAAGCACCAACGAUGCAGGCGUUGAUUACGAUAAGUUAAUAAAACGCUUUGGCUCAAGCAAAAUCGAUGAUGAGCUUAUCGCCCGCUUCGAAAAAGUCAGUGGCAAGCCAGCGCAUCAUUUUAUCAGACGCGGCAUAUUCUUUUCGCAUCGUGACUUACACACCAUCUUAACACUUCGCGAGCAAGGCAAGCCAUUCUAUUUGUACACUGGACGAGGCCCUAGUGCGGGAUCCUUGCACAUGGGCCAUUUGAUACCUUUCGCCAUGACCAAAUGGCUACAGGAGACAUUCGAUGUGCCUUUGGUCAUACAACUAACUGAUGAUGAAAAGGCUUUGUGGAAAGAUUUAAAAGUUGAAGAAGCCAUUAAACUGGCGCGUGAGAAUGCCAAGGAUAUUGUUGCUAUGGGCUUUGAUGUUAAUAAGACAUUCAUUUUCAACAACUUGGAGUUCAUGGGAAAAUGCCCAGCAAUGUACCAGAAUGUCAUACGGAUACAAAAGUGUGUCACUUUCAACCAAGUUAAAGGUAUUUUUGGCUUCGGUGACUCUGAUAUUAUUGGCAAGAUUGGCUUUCCUGCCGCUCAAGCGGCGCCAGCCCUAUCUAGCACAUUUCCAUUCAUAUUCGGAAAUAAAAAGAUGCACUGUCUAAUACCGUGCGCCAUCGACCAGGAUCCAUACUUCCGCAUGACACGCGAUGUAGCGCCACGCCUGGGCUUUCCAAAAUGCGCACUCAUACACUCGACAUUCUUUCCAGCGCUUCAAGGCGCCAAGACGAAAAUGUCGGCAAGUGAUCAGAAUUCGGCCGUCUUUCUCACUGAUACUCCGAAGCAGAUCAAAAACAAGAUCAACAAAUAUGCCUUCUCAGGCGGACGGACUACAGUAGAGGAGCAUAGGGCCCUGGGCGGUAUUCCGGAUAUCGAUGUGGCCUAUCAGCUGUUGAAAUUUUUCCUCGAGGACGACGAGAAGUUGGAAGAAGUGCGUGUGGCAUACAGCAAAGGAGAAAUGCUAACAGGCGAAAUAAAGAAAUUGGCUAUUGAGACUUGCACGCCAAUUGUGGAGCAACAUCAGGCAGCUCGUAAGCUCAUCACCGACGAAGUGCUGGAUAAAUACUUUGAGAUACGACCCUUGACCUUUGGCAGUUAGUUAAAAAUGCAACAGGCUUAAAGCUCGUUGCAUAUUUAAUAUCCAUUAUACUCGCUAUUUAUUGUAUAUUCAAACCACAAUUUAUAUUUUUUUAUUUAUGUAUGAACAAGAAAAACAGCAAACGGAAUGUAAACAAAUUAAUAAACGGCUUCAGUUUUCAAACGCAA